AUGGAUACUGCUCAAUGGUCUCAGGAUAUACUGGUGAAACCAAUGGAAGAGAUAGUGACAAGUACAUGCCCUAAACCUUCAUUAGAAAGGAAGAGGCCGCAGAAAGAUCAAGCCUUGAACUGUCCAAGAUGCAACUCAACAAGCACAAAAUUCUGCUACUACAAUAAUUACAGCCUCUCUCAACCAAGGUAUUUUUGCAAGACAUGCAGAAGAUAUUGGACUGAAGGUGGAUCUCUCAGAAACAUUCCAGUUGGAGGGAGUUCAAGAAAACACAAAAGAUCGUCAUCCUCAUCCUCUUCGUCAUCAUCAUCGUCAAAAAAGGUUUCUGAUGGAGAUCCUGCUAGAUUUUCUGAUUUGACAAUCUCGCAGUCACAAAACCCUAAAACCGAUGAACCCCAAGGAAAUCUCAACUUGGGAUUUUCAAUGCCACCUCAUGGUUUCGAAACUUGUGCAAACAUUGUCAACAAAGACAAUAGUAUCCCUUCUUCAUCUUCCUUGACUUCGUCGAACCUUUCAGCUUUGGAGCUCUUGACAGGAAUUUCAUCAAGAGGCUUGAAUUCCUUCUUGCCUAUGUCAAUUACUGAUCCAACCACAGUUUACCCAUCAGGGUUUCCUUUGCCUGAAUUCAGACCCUCUUUGGAUUUCUCUUUGGAUGGACUUGGAAGUAAUUAUGGAAGUUUCCAGGGGGAGGAAGAAACAAGUGGGAAGCUUCUUUUUCCAUUUGAAGAUUUGAAGAGUAAGACAACUGAUGAUGUUGAGCAAGAUAGAGAUCAAAAUGGAGAUUCAACAGAAUAUUGGAAUGGAGUAAUAGGUGGAGGUCCAGGAGGAUCAUGGUAA